AUGGGAAUAUUCGGAGAGCAUGUGACGCCACCAAAGCCAUACGACGCUGGCGGUAAAGGGGUUGACCUACACACGGGUGACGUGCCCGUAGACCAACUUUCCGUCAUCGUUUCCUUCAGUUUUUGCAUGGAUAAGACUGUGAUGAGUACCUAUGGCAUGAAGGGCAGAUUCAGUGGCAAUAAGAUACAAUAUGAGUAUCCCUUAUUCCAACACUUUGCAUCAUUGCACCUGACUUCUCGCCAAGGAACCAAUUCUACUAAUCCGCAAGAGCAUAUAAUGAAAAUCUUCAAAAAUGCAAUUAAGACUAUUCCCGUGUCGGAUUAUUCAGCCUCUGUAUCAAAAGCGGUUUUGUCAUCUUACAAAGCCUACCUUUCUAUCGAAGAUAUUAUCGACAUAAGAAGUCUAGCCAGUAAUACUUCCUCCACACAAGCACUUGCUGUAAACAAUGCGGUAUAUUCUCUGGGAGAAAUUAUAAAGGUUAACAUCAGACUUUAUGAUGGAUACGGAAAACCACUCACAUACGGCGGAGAUGUUCUCAGAAUAUGGCUGACAAGUACAGCCAAUAACGCAAAUGCCAAUGGCUACGUCAUUGAUCACGGAAAUGGGUCCUACACAGGUCACGUGAUCGCCUUAUGGACAGGUAAAAGUGUCAUUAAGACAUCGAUAGCGGCAACUAAAGAGCAAAUUGCAGUCGUUCAAAAAUAUAUAGAAAAACAUGGAUUACUGCAUGAUAUGGUGGCUGGAUUUACAAAAGAUAAUGUUGUAGAACGAACGCCUUGCAGUGUGAAACCCGAUGUGUUAGGAUUGACGGACAUGUGUAAUUUUACCAACGAUAACUAUGGUCUUCACUGGUUCUGUGGGAAGCCAAGCAAUCCGUCACUAAAUUGCAAGGAUUGGAAGUUCACAAAAGGUCAUCGUACAGAUCAUUUAACUAAACCAGAGAGGAAAAUUGCAAGAAUCCACAAGCAUAUGCAUUUGCAGAAAAGUCCGGAAAUAACAAUAGCAGGAAGUGCAGAUUUUGUACAAUCUCCAGAUCUGCCAUGCUACAAGCGACCAAGUAAGGAAACAUGGCUUGAGGAGUCUCCUGUUGGUUUUUAUUAUCACGGAAAAUGGCACCAACGGGGCUGUACAAACACCUUUAUACCUACCAAGAUUUCAUAUGAAAACUGCUUACGGAAUCAGUACCUGUUUUUGAUUGGCGAUUCAAAUAUCCGCUCGUGGUUUGAUCAUAUAAAAGUUAGAGUGAAUAUGAAGAUACCGAAGAAUAAACAAGGUCUGACAGGACAACGAUGGUUCAGUUUGAGGGAAGCUGAACGACAGGAUUUGAAUCUGACACUGUUAUGGGCUGUUCAUGAACUUCCUUUCUAUACUGGAGAAGACUCCCCGAGGGAACAUAUCAAGUCCGUAGCCUGGUAUAUAGAUCGUGUUCCGACAAGGGAAAACGUAACAAUAGUUAUACAUAAUAUGAUGCAUUUCGCAAGAACGACGCCGUCGGAAUUUCGUGCACAUAUUCGGAAUGUCAAAUUUGCUAUAGGCAGAUUGUUUAAAAGAGUCCCUGGAGCUAGGGUGUUUGUAAAAGGACCACACUCUGCAACGUUUAUCGAUCUUCUUAAACCUUUAGAUUACAUACGAAAAAUUCACGAACAAUUAUUUUAUGAAGAAUUUAAGGAAUUCCAUGAUAAGAUAACUUAUUUGAAUGAAUGGGAUAUAACUACCAGUAUUGAUAACACCAACGUUCAUCCAAGUCAAUUCACUGUUAGCGAUAUGGUUAAUAACUUUAUGUUAUACUUGUGUGAAGUUUAG